AUGGCAUUUAUUUUCCAUCGGGAAGAAGGAGUGUCUCAGGUAGUCUGUUCUGCAGAAUGGGACGAUGUUCCUGAUACUGUUGACUCUUGUGGAUGUUAUAGCAGGGCGGAGGAGGGGUCAGAUGAGAUAUCAAUCAGACGAGAACUUGAUAGCCACCUGUUAGAUGUUUGCUUGUUUCCCUACACGGAUUUUGUGGCUGGUUGGUCGUUGUUCUGGUACUUUGUCUGCGUAUUGGACACGGACAAUUCUGGGAAGGGAGUAUCGACAUCACCAGGACUUGGAGAUUCAGCGAGUAAAAGGUUGUACCUUACCGUCUCCGCCAAAAAAAAUGGUCGUUUCAGUAGGAACGAAACACACCUACCGCACAAUGUAACCUUAGAGAUUACCUGCGUUGAUGGUUUCCGGUUAAUAGGCAACCCAGUUGUACGAUGCGGCGAUUUCUCUGUUCUAGAAUUGCCAUCGCCCUAUUGUGAAGUAAUUUCGUGCCAAACUUUACGUCCAAUAUCACACGGAAAGUGGAUUAUACCAGACCUCAGGCUUCUGCCGGGAACCAAUGCCUUGUUGGAGUGUCAAGCUGGGUACCACGUGAAUGGGGAUGCGACAGUAACAUGUACGUCAUCAGGAGAAAGGGAGUCCUUCGUGUACCUUCGCGUGUGUCUUCCUGAUAUAUCCUCAUCAGGAGAUAGAACGGCACUGGUAAUAGUAGUCGUUGUGCUCGCAAUAUCAUUGUGUGGUAUCUUUGCACUCGCAUGUCAGAUUGUUCGGCUCAAACGAAAUAACAUAAGAGGAAACAAUAGACCUCCGCACACUCACACUGAAGCGGAACCCACAGAAGAACAUCAGCUUAUGUCACAAGAAGACAGCACGCGGAAUGUAGAGACCGCCAACGCAAACUCAGCUAGGUCCUGGAACCAAGACUUACCCCGUUCGCUUCCCAUUCAGGAAACUGAAAAUCCACAAACGUCAACUAAAUGUGUAGAAAAUGCGUUUGAACUCCGCAUACUUGAACAUGUUGAUAGUCGACAAUCAAAAAGGAACAUGAUUGCAGAUUGGUGCAAUAUAUUAUACAUGUAUGUAAACACAAACUCGAUGUCAUAGAUUGUUACUGUGGUUAUAUCAUCUACCAUCUCAUAUAUUGAACACAAUGUACGACACACACAAACUUAACAACGAGUUAAAUAUCAUAUUUAUCUCUUUGAUUAUCGUUAAGUUCCUAUCAGCUGUUAAUUAACGACGUCGUUUACGAAUUGUCCAGUCAAGACACUGUCACAUACGUAAAAAAUGCGAUAAAUAAAAUUGGCGAGUGUU